AUGUCCAUUCCCUACCUCAACGGCCUCGUCAACGGCCACGGCGACAACGACAACCGCGGCGUCCCCAUGUCCUACGCCGACCUCAACGCACCCGAUUGGAACGGCGACUGGGACUUAGCUCCUGCUUGUGCUGAGGCCCAAUGGCGGGUGGAGCUCGAGGCCAACCCUGACCUGCCCGCGGACCGCUUGGGGGGCGUGGUCGUGUUUCGAGGACUGGACAUGCGCCUGUUUCCCAUCGUGAACGGUCAGGCGCUGGAGCCAUUCGAGUACGAACGCGAGGUGGAGAGGGUGUCAGAAAGUAACGAGUUCGAAGAGGCGUUUUAUGCGUUUUGUGAAUUGCUGGCGCAGGAAAACUGA